AUGGCUGCUCUAUCAAUAGGCCAUUUAUGUCCGAUUCCAGAUCAUCAACUCAAUUCCGUAAAAAAAUCAAGAAAAUUCAUCUCAGCUUGUAGCCAAAACCGCGAUCCGUCUAAUGCGAAAACGAAGAAGGAAAGUAAUGAAAAGAAUAAGGGAAUAGUGCAGCAGCUUUAUUUUGGUAUGGAGAAACUUGGAGGGGUGGUGAUGGAUAAUUUGAGUCCAAAGCAGAAGGGUGAUUGGAAAGACAUAACUUUAAUGAGCCUCUCAUUUGCUAACAUCAAGAAGAUUCUUGGAUUGCAGCAUGGUAAACAAUACGACAGCAUCAAAUCACUGAGAUAUGGCCACUUGAUGAUAAUGACUGAUCAGGCUACUCAUAAAAAUGGGGAGAAAAUGUCAUUUUACACAAUGCCUGAGUACGAAUCAUGGAAGGAAAGUUUGGGAGACAGAGCAAGAAGGGGAACAAGCACAGAUAAGGAAGGGAAGGAGUACUUUAAGGAUCUUGAGAAGCACAAGAAAGACUUUGUCUGGGCGGAUGAUCAUGAUGGGGAGGCAAUAGAACUUGCUUUCAGCAAGAAAAAGAUAGAAGCAAGGAAAAAUUGGCUUAGGCAGUUUGAGCCUGGCACUUACCUUGAUCAGGAAGAAAAACUUAUCAAGUAUCGUGAUUUUGUCAACAAGGAACUUAUACUGUUUUCAAUAGCUGAUCUUCAGAGAUCAAUUCCUUCCAUGGUUGAUGGAUUGAAACCUGAGUCCAGUAACAUUAUCGGCAUGGCUCAAAAAUAUGUAGGCUGCAACAACAUAAAUAUUCUGAAACCGAAUGGCCAGUUUGGUACCCGAAAUCAGGGAGGCAAAGAUCAUGCAAGUGCAAGAUAUAUAUUCACUCAGCUUUCUGCCAUUACACGAUUUCUAUUUCCGAAGGAUGAUGACAUUCUACUGGAUUACCAAAAUGAAGAUGGGCAAACUAUUGAACCUACUUGGUAUGUGCCUAUCAUACCAAUAGUUCUGAUAAACGGAAGUGAAGGGAUAGGGAUGGGAUGGAGUUCGCUUGUCCCUAAUUAUAAUCCACGUGACAUAGAGGCUGGCUGA